AAAAAUGAUAAGGUAGAAUGUGAAAUAAUGAAUAACAAACAGGGGCUAUAUGUCAUUCUAUGAACUUUUAUAACAACAGUUCUCCCAAUUUUUUUUAAUCCCAAUGACGUGUUUGGGAUGAUGAGCUAGGCGACAAAGGAUUGUGUUAAGAAAGAAAAAUAAGUCAAAAUCUUGAGCAUUGUACUGUUCAAUACUGUCGAAAUGCUGUGUACCGAACAAAUGCUAAAUGUUAAAGUUUUGGUUUGCAGCUUGGGUCUGCUGAACUGUUCAUGCAGGAAUCAAAGUUUCUAGUUUUUGGUAAUGGGAAAGACAAGCCUCCGACUGGGUUUAUGUUUGAGAAGCAGCAAAUGCAUGGCUUAUAUUUUAAUCAAUCUUCUUCGAAGGAUGUUGCUUUGGCAAUGGUUUCAAUGAGACCGACCCCUCUUGGCCCUAUGAUGGAGGCAUUGUCUCUCUCCCCCGAGAAGUAUGGAAUUGGACGGCGUUUUUACAUUCAAACACUGGACGAUCAUGUACUUUCACCUGACAUUCAAGAAAAGCUUGUGAGGGAAAAUCCACCUGAAGGAGUCUUCAAAAUUAAGGGCAGUGAUCAUUGUCCUUUCUUCUCAAAGCCACAAUCACUGCACAAGAUUUUACUCGAAAUCGCUCAAAUUCCAAGCCAAACUCAUUCUUGAUAGAAAAACAAAUCCGGGAAGUCUUUUUCCUUAACGAGGAAUAGCCUUAUUCUGAUAAGCUACACAGUAUUUAAUGUCGUGUAUAAUAUAAAAUAGUUGACAACGACCAAAACAUUUUCAUUAUUUCAUUUUUAUUAGCAGUUUCUUCACUCUCUUGGUAUUUUGAUAUUUUAUUCUGAUACAGGUGUUUUCUUCGUUC